GAAAAGUGAUGAUUUAUGUACUCGACUUUGAAGUUUUAUUAAAUAGUCUGAGAAGAAAAAAAAAAAACUCCUAUUCAGAAACCACAAGAACAGAUUUAAAGUCUUGUUUGUUUGAGUUUCAUUUUGACUAUUAUUAUUUUCUUGUUAGGUUUCUAUCUACAUCAUCACAUUCCAUCAACUCAGAUUUACAGAGCUAAGGUACCCCCAUCUCCUUUUUCUCGGUGAUGUGAAGUUGGACUAUUAAUGUGGAUGGAUCGGUUGAAGUAUGAAGCUCAGACUGAGGUUUGAUUGAUCAAAAGAUUUCCGGAAAAAUCCUUGAAAUACGGGAUAUGCAUUUUAAUUACAAAUUAGUGGGGUUGGGUUUUGUUUUGUUUUAAGACAGUGGAGUGGGAAAAGAGAGCUUUUUUUGGUUGUUUUAGAGAGACAAAGUCAAAGAGAAGAAGGCAAGACCGAUGUUAAACAAUGGUAAAGAAGAGGAGAGGAGGGAAUAGAAUAAGGAAAAGUGUGAGGGGAGACGGGCAAAUAGUUUAAUGAUAUCAAGGACAGUAGCGUAUCUUGAGAUAUCUAGAAAUUCGAUUCAGUUGUUUUGAUAAAGGUAGAUGGAUGAAUAAAGCGAAUAUCUUCUUCCCAUUACAAUAGAGGUGUCCGAUCAAGAUUUUGUGUGAUUCAGGCCAACAACAAGAAGAAUAAGUAACAAGAAAUCACCCUACUAUCAAUCAAUCAAACUCCUACCUUUGCUGCUCACUCACUCUUGAUGGCUCUACAGUCUACAUUGGGUGUGAAAUUGUGAAUAAGUGGUGUUGGAGUUUCUCAUAAAACUAAUACUAAAUCUUUCAUUUUGAGUCAAAUUUCUUAAACAAUAGGGUGAAAACAGUGAACGUGCUUCUUCUAUAUCUCGAAGUACUAACCUAAACCCACGCUUGAAGCGGAUACAGUAUAUGAUUAGAAAAGGAACUUAUUCUAUACUGCUACUUCUUCAAUAAUAUUAUGUUCUUUGGUAUUUGAAGCUAGCUUUCAUUCUUUUGAGAUAAACCCACUCCGCCAGACCUCUUGUUUCUUCUUUUCUAACUUGGGGUUUCGUUAUUGAAGACUAAGAUUCUCUUCUCUCCUCUAAUUUGUGGGAGAAACAGGGGAUACAGAGGGAGCAGCCAAGGAAAGACAAUAUAAGGACAGAAGUUAAGUGGAAUUGUUGUUAUUAGUUCUGGGUUUGCUUAAUUUUUUUAUUUCAUGCUUGAAUAGAUGCUCAAAUUUGUCAUUAUAGGGUAAAGAGAGAAAAAAGACCAUCUUUUUACUUCUUGAGUAAAGGGCUUUUGACUGGACAAUCUCUGAAAAAGUGUUUCUCUUUAAUUUUUCUAGUCGUUGGGUAGUAUCUUUCUGUUUUAGCUUAAGAAAUGCAGAUGAGAGGAGAAGAAUAAGUAGAAAGAGAGAAGUUGAAGUUUUGUCAAUGGUGACGAGUUUAAAGAUGCAGAGCCACCAUACAGUGGCUGUGAGGUUAAAUGAAAGGUUGGCUGUCAAAAGGGCUACCAAAUUUAUUCAGUUUACCAAAGGAAGACUCCUUGGCUUGUUACUUCUUUGGAUCUUUAUCAUGGGUGUUGUUUCUGUUUUUAUUUACAAGAAUAUGGAGGAUGAGAACUUGCUUAGAAGAAAGGAAGUUUUAGUUAGUAUGUGUGAUCAAAGGGCGAGGAUGCUUCAAGAUCAAUUCAGUGUUAGCGUCAAUCAUGUUCACGCCCUGGCUAUCCUUGUCUCUACUUUUCACUACUACAAGAAUCCUUCAGCCAUUGAUCAGGAAACUUUUGCCCAGUAUACAGGUAGGACCGCAUUUGAGCGGCCAUUGUUAAGUGGGGUGGCUUAUGCACAGAGAGUCCUCCAUUCUGAGAGAGAGCAUUUUGAGAAGGUACAAGGUUGGAUGAUACAGACCAUGGAGAAUGUUCCUUCACCCCCACGAGAUGAAUACGCUCCAGUUAUAUUCUCACAACAGACUGUUUCAUACAUUAAGUCUCUUGAUAUGAUGUCGGGCGAGGAGGAUCGAGAAAAUAUUUUGAGGGCUAGGGCUACUGGCAAGGCUGUUCUUACUAACCCGUUUAGGUUACUCGGCUCUCACCAUCUGGGAGUUGUUUUAACCUUCCCUGUAUACAGUCUCAGUCUUUCGGCUGAUGCGACGGUUGAAGAACGCAUUCAUUCGACUUCUGGGUACCUUGGUGGAGCGUUUGAUGUCGAAUCGCUUGUGGAAAAUUUGUUAGGGCAGCUUGCUGGGAAGCAGGCAAUUGUGGUGAACGUUUAUGAUGUGACCAAUGCUUCUCAACCUUUAAUCAUGUACGGCCCCCCUUAUCCAGAUGGUGAUAUGUCCCUCUCGCAUAUUAGUUUGCUUGAUUUUGGAGAUCCAUUCCGGAAGCACCGAAUGAGAUGUAGAUAUCUUCAAAAUCCCCCAACACCAUGGAUGGCAAUCAGUUCCGCCAUAGGAUUUUUUGUGAUUUCUUUGUUGAUAGGGUAUAUCGUAUAUGGGGCAGGAAUUCACAUUGUCAAAAUCGAAGAAGAUUUUCGACAAAUGCAGGAGCUUAAAGUUCGAGCAGAAGCUGCAGAUGUUGCCAAAUCUCAGUUUCUUGCUACAGUUUCUCAUGAGAUCAGAACGCCCAUGAAUGGUGUCCUGGGAAUGCUCAGUAUGCUUCUAGACACAGACCUUAAUAAAACUCAGUUGGAUUUUGCUCAAACUGCUCAAGCCUGUGGGAAGGCAUUGAUAACAUUAAUAAAUGAAGUGCUUGAUAGAGCAAAAAUCGAAGCUGGCAAAUUAGAACUAGAAGCUGUUCCUUUUAAUAUACGGUCAAUCUUAGAUGAUGUUCUGUCUUUAUUCUGUGGGAAGUCUAGGGACAAGCGUAUUGAGCUUGCUGUGUUUGUUUCUGAUAAAGUUCCUGAAAUUUUGGUCGGUGAUCCGGGAAGAUUCAGACAGAUUAUUACCAAUCUUGUGGGGAACUCUGUUAAAUUCACUGAACGUGGACAUAUAUUUGUUCAAGUCCAUUUGGUAGAACCUAUACAGCUCAUGAAAACUGAAAUAUGCUUGAAUGGAGGAUUGGAUGGGAUGGAAGUUAUAUCAGGUUGUAGUCGUUUUAAUACCUUAAGUGGUUAUGAGGCAGCUGAUGACCUUAACAGCUGGGAAAAUUUUAAGGUUCUAAUGUCAAAUGAUGUAUUCCACUCUGAUGUUUCUCGUAAGUGGAUGAUGGGCGAUGGAGAUCCUGAAAGUGUGACUCUAAGGAUUAGUGUCGAGGAUACAGGGAUUGGGAUACCUUUACACGCGCAAGACAGGGUCUUCACACCAUUUAUGCAGGCAGACAGUUCUACAUCUAGAAACUAUGGUGGGACUGGUAUCGGCCUGAGCAUUAGUAAGUGUCUGGUUGAGCUGAUGGGUGGUCAGAUAAGCUUCGUAAGUCGACCUCAAGUAGGAAGCACGUUUACAUUUACUGCAAACCUUAGAAGAUGUGACAAAACUUCAUUGAACAAUUUUAAAAAAUCACCUUCUGAGACUUUACCGGUUACUUUCAAAGGGUUGAAAGCCAUUGUGGUUGAUGGAAAACCAGUUCGAGGAGUUGUGACGAAGUAUCAUCUACAGAGACUUGGUAUCCUUGUAGAACUGGCAGCUAGUAUGAAGUUGGCAGUUGGUACUGUUUCUGGGUUAAGUUGUGGUUCAAGAUCUGGAGACGGAAAACAACCAGAUAUGAUUUUGGUUGAGAAGGAUUCUUGGAUUUCCAACGAGAAAGGUCACCAAGCUGAAUGGUUACUAGAUUGGAAACAUAAUGGCCAUAAGCUUGAGAUCCCUAAAUUGAUUCUGCUCGCAACUUGUAUCAGCCCUGAAGAAAUAGCUAAAGCAAAAGCUGCAGGUUUUGCUGAUACUGUCCUUAUGAAACCUUUGAGAGCAAGUAUGGUUGGAGCAUGCCUUCAACAGGUCCUAGGCAUUGGGAACAAGAGGUGGCAAGGGAAGCCAUUACAUAAUGGGUCUUCCUCUCUUCGUAGCAUCUUAAACGGAACAAAGAUAUUGGUGGUUGAUGAUAAUAGGGUCAAUCGCAGAGUUGCUGCGGGUGCACUUAAGAAGUUUGGAGCAAAUGUGGAGUGUGCUGAGAGCGGCAAAGCUGCUCUUGCUCUUCUUGAGUUGCCACAUGCUUUUGAUGCCUGCUUCAUGGACAUUCAGAUGCCAGAGAUGGAUGGGUUUGAGGUAACCAGAUUGAUCCGAAGGAUGGAGAGCAAAGCAAAUGCGGUGAAAAAUGGUGGAUCUACUGGGAAGCCAGAGUUUCACAUGCCAAUAUUAGCUAUGACAGCUGAUGUGAUUCAGGCGACAUACGAGGAGUGUAUCAAGUGCGGAAUGGAUGGUUAUGUUUCAAAACCUUUCGAGGAAGAGAAUCUUUACAAAUCUGUUGCCAAGUUCUUUGAAUCUAAAGCCAUCUCAGACACAGUGUGAUAUCAUUUUCCACUCCGCUCUUUUGGGAACCCAGGGCCUUUUAUAUUGCGCUCUAAUUAGGAUCAAGGUCAACCUCACCUGGAAUAGACGGAUAGGUAGUGAUGAAUCCGAAAUUUAGCAGUUUUAGUCAGGUUGAUGGGAAUGAAGUUUCAGAAACUUGUCAGCAAUAAUUCCCUAUUUCUGUUCGAGUUAUUUAGGCUAUCAAGAGUUUGAUUUCUGGGGUGAAAUGGGAGGAUCGCUUCUGCAUCAGCUGUUAUAUAUGUCGGAAUCGACUCUGAUUUCAGUUGACAUCAUUUUAUCAUGUGCACAGUAUUUCCUAACAUCCAGUUCUACCUGUAUAUGUAUAUAUCUAGUAAUAACAAAACGUGCAGGAACUAGGGCU